GCGAAAUGGAAGAGCGGUGCUUGCAAGAGCCAACUACAGCUGCCUUUCACAAAGUCGUCAUUUCGUUUUUUGACUACGGAAUUUAAUUCCCUCUACUUUAAAUCUUCUCCUGAAGGAACAUAACCAGGCCAUUAAAGAGCAGAAACAACUUUGAGUAGUACUACGCAUAUUAUUAACAUAUCAUCGUGAAAUGGACGGUUCUGGAGAGGGAUAUUACAGGUCCCCUCAAAGGGGGUGGGGUCAUAGACCACCUCGCUACAAUAACUAUAAUUCUCCCGGGGGUGGUGGCGGCGGCGGCUGGCAACAACGGCCACCUUAUCGGCCUCGCCAACAACAAGGCUAUCGUCCAAACAGCCCAUUUUGCUCCACUCCUAUUAAUCAACGGCCCUACCACCACCGACCCUACAGGCCCAAUUUCUCUGGAGGACAAAACAGACGUGGUGGUGGCAGGUUCAACUCCCCUGGAGCAUUUAAUGAUAACCAGGAGGAACAACAUCAAGGGAUUGAUGCGUGGGUGAGUCCAGCAAUGUGGGAUGACCCAUGGAAGCCAUUCACUGCUGCUAUGCGUCAGGCAGGUGAUGAUGACACAGGAAAUGAGCUCAGAAUGGAGGAUGAUAACCUGUCAACAGCGAAAGUUGGCCAUGAUAUGAGUACUUCAAGUGAAAAUAUUACGGCGACGUCAGAAGUGCUGGAUGUGAGUGACAUGAUUUUACGAUCAUUUAACGAGUCCGCUGGAGGAGUGGAUGAGAGUGCAAACCCUUUGCCUGAUAUCAGCCGCGAAUUGUUCGACAACUCCACGACGCCAUCCUCAUCAGCUCCAACUCUCCCCCAUACAAAGACUGAUGAGGAAAAAGGGGAACCAAUUAAGCUUGACAAGCAAGCUGCACAAGACUGUCCGUGAUAAGGUCAUGAAUUUUCCAUUCUCUGACCUGCCAACGCCAGCUAAGACUGAUGCAAGUUAUUAUUUUUUGUAAUGUAAUAUGGAUUAUGGAUGCGAGUGAAAUACAUGAUGAAAUACACAAUUUUUUGUGUUGCGAAGUAUAA